CCCUUUUAAAACCAAACCAAACUAAAAACUAUGUUCGCUUCACCAAAUUCCUCUUCAAACUCACUUGCUUUAUUCUUUCCCUCCAAGACCAUCACCACCGCUCCUCCCACGGCGAUGGCGGCCUGCCGCUUCUCCUGUAAAGCUGCUGCUGUCGCCGCCGCCCCGAAAGAGAGAGAUUAUUACAAGUUGCUCUCAGUGAGUGGUGGUUGCAAUGCAAGUAAUGAAGAAAUCAAGAAGGCUUAUAGAGCCAUGGCUUUGCAGUAUCAUCCUGAUCUUGUUUGUGAUCCUUUGCUCAAAGAACAAUCCACUAGAAUAUUUGUUCAGCUCAAUGCAGCUUACAAGACGCUCUCUGAUCCUGUUCUUAGAAGACAAUAUGAUGCCUCUCUCAUGGGUUUCAAUAAUAAUGGUUUUUCUAAUGGGAGAAGAGGCUUUCAAGCGGACACAACCGUAUGGCAAAGGCAGCUUCUUGAGCUCAAACGCCGGUCCGCUCUACGGAGAGAUCGGUCGGCAAAGGCGUCGUGGGGGGCGACAAUGCAGGCUCGAAGUUUUUAGCCAUUGUCGAGUUUAAGCUUUUAGGUUUAACGGUGAUCGAUAUAUUCUUUCAUACCUAAGGUUAACGUUAGUAAUUUUCUUUGUUGGAUAUUCUAUUUUAUAUGUGAAGUUUUUUUUCUCUCAAA